CACUUCCGUUUUGCCUCGCUCUGGUCCCUGCGGCUGGUGAGCAGUGUGCCUCCGCCAUAUUGUCUCUCUGAUGCGGCUAGGGGGAACUCAGUCAGUAAAGCGCGGGGAAACGCAGGAGUAAAUGGUCGGGCGCGUACCCCACUGCACAAGUUAGGCAAUGAAAGCCGCGAAUGUUGACUAACAGGUUAUUGCUGACCUUGCUAAAUGAGAAAAGCUAGAUGGGUUAUGAACAGUAAAAUAAAGAAACUGAAGGUGAAAUGCCAUCCAGUUAGCAGUCAGGUGGACAAGCUGACUAUCAAAAGAAUUAGCUGACAUCACCUCUGCUGAACAAAAUUUUAAGCCUGUGUCUGCCAUCUAACUGCCUUCAUCUCCUUCAGCACAAUCGGCUACUGAAGUCACCCUGUCCGAUAUGUCAGGACCCGUGCCAAGCAGGGCCAGAGUUUACACAGAAGUAAACACACACAGACCCCGAGAGUAUUGGGACUACGAAUCACAUGUUGUAGAAUGGGGAAAUCAAGAUGAUUAUCAACUAGUACGGAAAUUAGGUCGAGGCAAAUACAGUGAAGUGUUCGAAGCAAUUAAUAUCACAAAUAAUGAAAAAGUAGUUGUAAAAAUACUUAAGCCUGUAAAGAAGAAGAAAAUUAAACGAGAAAUAAAAAUUCUGGAGAAUUUGAGAGGGGGCCCUAAUAUAAUCACACUAGUAGAUAUUGUGAAAGACCCAGUGUCUCGAACACCUGCUUUGGUAUUUGAACAUGUAAACAACACAGAUUUCAAGCAAUUGUAUCAAACUUUAACAGAUUAUGAUAUUCGAUUCUACAUGUACGAGAUUUUAAAGGCACUGGACUACUGUCACAGUAUGGGAAUCAUGCACAGAGACGUCAAACCACACAAUGUCAUGAUUGACCAUGAACAUAGGAAGUUGCGGCUCAUUGACUGGGGAUUGGCUGAAUUCUACCACCCUGGGCAGGAGUACAAUGUCAGAGUAGCCUCCCGAUACUUCAAGGGACCAGAAUUACUUGUAGAUUAUCAAAUGUACGAUUACAGCUUGGAUAUGUGGAGUUUAGGCUGCAUGCUCGCCAGUAUGAUCUUUAGAAAAGAACCGUUUUUUCAUGGGCAUGACAACUACGAUCAGUUGGUGAGAAUAGCUAAAGUUUUGGGCACAGAAGACCUGUACGAUUAUAUUGACAAGUACAACAUUGAGUUGGAUCCACGGUUUAAUGACAUUCUUGGCAGACAUUCUCGUAAGCGAUGGGAGCGGUUUGUACAUAGUGAGAAUCAGCACUUGGUGAGCCCCGAAGCUCUUGAUUUCUUAGACAAAUUAUUGAGAUAUGAUCACCAAACACGUCUUACAGCACGGGAAGCCAUGGAACACCCUUAUUUUUACCCCAUAGUAAAAGACCAGUCAAGAAUGGGUCCAUCUGGCAACAUACCAAGUGGCAGCACUCCAGUUAGCUCCGCCAGUAUGAUGUCAGGGAUCUCUUCAAUGCCAACCUCUUCACCUCUUGGACCUUUAGCCGGCUCUCCAGUCAUUGCUACUGCCAAUCCUCUGGGGACACCAGUUCCAGCUACUGCAGGAGCACAGCAGUGAGAUCACAUCCCCUGUUUUACUGUCAGUUGUGGUUCACUGCACCCCAUCCCCUAAUUCAGUAUGAGCAAGGGGAUUCUGGGAGCGCCAUGUCUGAGCAGUUGCUUGUGGAUUUAUAGUAGUCCAAUCAUUCUGAAAAAUGACUAAUAGGCUGAUUGUUUUUCUUUUUUUACUUGAAAUUUUUGUAUGCUUCCGUGGUUCAGAGAGGUUCCUCUCAAACUCACAGAUGGACAGUUGCAGACUACCUGAUCUUUUGAAGAACUGAGGAUACUUACUAUGGAGCUCAGAAAACAGACCAAUUUUUUACUGUUUUUCCCCCCCUUUACCAAAGUUGUUUGCUUUUCUUCCUUGUUUUUUCUUCCCUAUCCUCAUCCUUGCCCCAACAAAAGGCUGAAGAGGCAGUCUUCUACUGUUCUGUGAUCUGCGUACUGUUGGAGUAAUUGUUCCUUAAGUUGAAUUUUUUUAACUUUUCAAAAUGUAUUAUUUAUAUGAUUUCAGGAAAACACUUAAAACAAAGGACCCUCUCCAGUAGCACUUUGUAAACAGUUUAAACAUCUGUUUUGCCCUGUUUUAUGAAAGGGGAGGUGCAGGUGUUUAAAUAGUGAAUAAAUUGUUGCUGUAUACUGCGGUAAAUUGGUAAAACGGCUCAUCAUGUCUCAUCAUUGUUGCAAUGCAAGCAAAUCGCAGGAGCACGGCUUCAGUCAUGCUUGGUGCUUUCAGGGUGAGACAGCCCCACGGAAAAUGAGGAAAUGCAUGUGUUUCACUAAAGUGAGUUCAUAAAUCCUGAAUAAAAAGUGGAACUGGGCCCAGACAUUUUUUUGUAAAUUACUUCAGAAAAAUGGACACUUAUUUAGGGUUCAGUCCUUUUCUUUUCAGCAAUGCAAGGCGUUAUUUUAUGCAGGUUGUCAGUUGUUAAUUUUCUUAUUGGCUGUGUAUCUCUGAAGUCAAUGCUUUUUAGAGGGCCUUGUACAAGGUAAGGGUCUGUACCAUUUAGAAAAAAUGCCAAGUACUCUGCACCCUCCCAACCCCUGCCCUCAGAUAAGCCCUCGUGGUGAAUACCUGUAACUUCGUAGUCCAGUGAGGGUCGGACACCUGCUGUAAGUAUGCACACAUGGGGAAAAACUAGUAAGCUGUUUCUAGUUUUGAUAAUGAUAGUUGUGUUUGUCAGUAAAUAAAAAUUAUACUGAAAAAAUGUUUGAACCCUACCAACACUGUGUACAUAGCUUGUCCUUUGUGUGAAAGAUCAUUAUUGGAAUUCUGUGUAAAUAAACACGUGGUUUUAUUUA